GUUCAUUCUUGUAGCUGUCAUGGCGGCCCAGUGACCGCUGCAUGCGUGUGUGUGAUGAAGCUCGCUGUGUGUGGUGUGUGUCAGUAGAUGAGAGUGAUGAUGAUGAGUGUGAUGAAGGCUCGGCUCGGCUGGGUCCGGCUCGCUGCUGUCAGAGGCUUUCAUGAGCGGACUGUGGCUGUGGGUUUAGGGGACAGGAGGCUGGAGAUCUCAACUGGGAAACUCGCUCGCUUCGCUGACGGCUGUGCAGUGGUCAAAUUGGGCGAGACGUCAGUGAUGGUGACCGCAGUCAGCAAGAGCAAACCGGCCAGCGCUUCCUUCAUGCCUCUCGUGGUGGAUUACAGGCAGAAAGCAGCGGCUGCAGGACGAAUACCCACAAACCACCUGAGGAGAGAACUGGGCAGCACCGACUCCGAGAUCCUGACCAGCCGGCUCAUCGAUCGCUCCAUCAGGCCGCUGUUUCCCGCCGGAUACUUCUACGACACACAGGUGCUGUGUAACAUACUCGCCGCUGAUGGAGUCAACGACCCGGAUGUUCUGGCCAUUAACGGAGCGUCUGCAGCUCUGGCUCUGUCUGAUAUCCCCUGGAGCGGCCCCAUCGGUGCGGUGCGCGUGGGGCUGGUGGACGGAGAGUUCCUGGUGAACCCCUCGCGCUCGGAGAUGAACAGGAGCUCGCUGAACCUCGUGAUCGCGGGAGCGCCGGCCAGCCAAGUGGUGAUGAUCGAGGCCGCGGCGGAGAACGUCCUCCAGCAGGACUUCAGUCACGCGGUGAAGCUGGGGGUCAAACACACACAGCUGAUCGUCCAGGCCAUCCAGCAGAUGAGCCGUGAGCUGAAGGUGUCCAAGCGCUCUCCCGCCAGACUCUUCACCGCCUCCGCCGAGAUGGUGGACUACACACGCCUGUUGACGUCCGCUAAGAUCUACGCUGUGUUUACAGACUUCACACAUGACAAGAUAUCCAGAGAUGAAGCGAUUAAUAAGAUCCGUCUGGAGGCCGAGGAGCAGAUCAGAGAGAAGUUUCCGCAGGCGGAGACGUUCGAGGUGGUGGAGGCCUUUAACAGCGUCUCUCGAGAGAUCUUCAGGAAUCUGGUUCUUCAGGAAUACAGACGGUGUGACGGAAGAGAUCUCACGUCUCUACGCAACAUCUCCUGUGAGGUGGACGUGUUUAAGCCACUCCACGGCUCGGCUCUCUUCCAGAGGGGUCAGACACAGGUGCUGUGCUCCGUGACCUUUGACUCUCUGGAGUCCAGUCUGAAGACAGACGUGAUCACCACAGCGCUCAGGUCAGUGACACAUGCAAACAUAUGAUUUAAAGUUGUUCCCCACACACACACACACACACACACACACACACACACACACACGCA